AUGCCACCUCCGCUACCUUCCCAACACCGCGGGAUGACCGCAAACCCCCUCAAACCUAGCCGUUACCGACCUGGAAAACCGAUUGCCGAAGAGCCCUCGUCAUCGGAGGAGGAAGACGAGGAAGAUGAGGAAGAACAGAUCAAAGAGCAGGAGCGGCGCAGGUUGGAACAACAGCGGAGGCAGCGAGUGCAGGCGCCGAAGGCGACCUCUUUCCCCGGUGGGAACAUUACUAAGGGGGUGAAGAAUGUGCAAAUAGAAGAGGAUGAGGAUGAGGAGGGCUUCGUUACUGAGGAAGAGGACGAAGAGUCGAAACCCGCCCCUCGUGUUGCUGGCGACAAAGGGGGUGCUGCGGCUGCAGCUCCUGUUCAGGCAGCGAGUGGCCCGGUGAGCAAAGAGGAAAGUGAGGAAGAAGAGGAAGAGGAGGAAGAGAGCUCCGAAGAAGAGAGUAGUUCGGAGGACGAGACGCCGAGGAGGGUUCUUCUACGACCUACAUUUAUCAAAAAGGACAAGCGCAACAAUGCAGCAAAUCAGACACAGAGCGGGCAGGGAGCAGCACCUAAAACAACCGCUGCGGAUUCAGCGGCAGAGACAGAGGCCCGCAGAGCGCAACGACAAGAAAAGGCCGAUAUGUUGGUGCGCGAGCAAUUGGAGAAGGAUGCAAUCGCCCGGAGCGCUGCAAACAAGCAAUGGGAUGACGAUGAAUUAGAGGCAGUUGAGGAAAGUGGUCUUGACGACAAGGAUGGAGUAGACCCCGAAGCCGAAUAUGCCGCCUGGAAACUCCGCGAACUCAAGCGCGUCAAGCGAGAGCGUGAGGCAAUCGAGGCCACCGAGAAGGAACGCGAAGAGGUCGAGCGUCGUCGGAACUUGACAGCGGAGGAGCGUGAACGCGAAGACCGCGAAUUUAUUGCCAAGCAGCAAGAAGAGAAGGAAGCUACUCGAGGACAGGGAGGAUUUAUGCAGCGCUACUUUCACAAGGGUGCCUUCUUCCGCGACGACCUGGAGAAGGAAGGGUUGGAUCGGAGAGAGCUCAUGGGUGCCAGAUUUGUGGACGAUGUAUCACGCGAAACUUUGCCUGAGUACAUGCAGAUUCGAGAUAUGACAAAACUUGGAAAGAAGGGUCGGACACGAUACCGGGAUCUGAGAACGGAAGAUACAGGGCGCUUCGGUGAUGGCUUUCAGAAUAGACGUCGUCACGACGCUCCGGUCGGCGUCAGAGAUGAACGAUUCCUGCCAGAUCGGCCGGAUGACCGACCUAAGGGGCCUACGGGAGCCAAUGCUGGUCCGGUGCGGGAGAGACGGAGGUCGAGAUCUAGAUCAUACUCACCAAGACGGGGCGGACGACCUGACAGAAGGGAGCGUCGUGAAAGUCCCGGUCGGGACCGUUCGAGAGAUCGGCACCGCCCUGACUCGAGCAAUCCCAGGAAACGGAGCCCUUCUCCGUAUGACGAUCGCGAAAAGCGCAGACGGAUGAGAAGUGUUUCGUAA